AUGAAAAUUCGACAAAUUCCGCAAGGAAGAUCAACUGAAAUUUUCAGGAAGUUCUCUCGUGAUGAACUUUUGACGAUAGUGAUGAUUUACUGGUUGAAUGGAAAUAUUGUCUCAUCGCAACGAUUCUACCGAGAGUUUUUCCUGGAUGAUCGAAAUCGAGCAUUACAGAAGCAAUAUUUGGCUGUUCCAACCGCACACCUGUCCGCAAUGAAUGAGUUCUUCGACAGGACGCCACCUGAGAUUUCAUCGGUGUUGUACAACCUCACUCACUACACUGAAGUGGCUGACGUCGGACAUUUUGCUGCCUUUGAAAUGCCUCGUCCUGUUGCCGUUGAUAUAUUCGAUUUUGUUAAGAAACUGGAAAGUUAG